AUGUGCGUGGCGGCGGCGGCGACUUGGGAGGCCCCCGCGUUCUGCCGUGGUCUGGACUGCCCGACGUUUACCAACGCGUCGGCGGGGCAGGGCGUGGAUCUCAGGACUUACGACGCAGCGGUUUGGGUGCACACCCAGGUCAACGAAAGCGACGUGGGUCAGGCCAGGGCCAUCGCAAUAACGCGACUGGACAGGUACAUCUUUGGCUACAAUGAUGGGGACCAUUACAUCCAAACGACGACGCCACUGGUCACGGAGAUGAAGACAAAUGCCACGUCCUACGUCGUUUCAUUCUUCCUGCCCUUCGUGUACCAGGACUCCCCGCCGGUGCCCUCCAGCCCCGACGUCUUCAUUGAGGCCCGGCCCAUCAGCACCUUCUACGUGUCUUCCUUCGGCGGCUUUGCGAAAUCGCAGCUGGUCGCCGAAGAAGCCCAGAAGCUGCGCUCCGAGCUGCAGGCCAUGGGCGCCGCCUACGAUUCCGAUGCGUAUUUCGUGGCGGAAUACGAUUCGCCAUUCAAGGCCGCCAACCGCCACAACGAGAUCUGGUACAGGCAGGCGCCGCCUGCCGCGGAGGUUGUGGUAUGA